CCGCUUCUGCUGCCGCGGGGGGUUCCGCAGCGGAGAUCGCCGGGGCCUCUUCUGCCGCCGCGGAUGCCCUGGUUUCUUCCGUGGGCGGUGCCGCCUCGGAGCUUGCCGGUGCGGCCGCGGACGCCCUUGUCUCGGCGGGCGACGCCCUGGCAUCGUCGUCGUCGGCUGCCCUCGGAGAAGCGACCGAUGCCCUGUUGACGGGCACCGGAGAGAUGCUGGCCUCGGCCGGGGAUGCGGUAGCCACCGCCGCGGUAGGAGUGGCUACCGAUGCGGCGGUCAACGGAUUGGUGGGAUUCGGGGUCUGGACGGCGGUCAAAAACUGGCUGCUUUCGGGUGGGGUGGCGGUGGUCGCCGUGGAGGUUUUCUUUGCGGUUGCCACCAUCGUUGUGACAGCUAGGGCCGCCAGAACGAAUUCCGAGGUCGAGGAGGAGAAUGAUUCGGGUGGUUGGUUCGACUUUCUCGGUAGCAAGAACGAUGCCGAAGACCUAGCUACCAGCAAUGCAGUCGACUCGGUUCGGCUUUUCGCAACGGAAGAGGGAAUCCAGGAGCCAAAUACCAGUGAUGUCCUGCAAUCUGUACAACUGGAAACAACAGAAGAGGGAGUCGGGGAGCCAAAUACCAGUGAUGUGCUGGAAUCUGUACAGCUGGAAACAACACAAGAGAUCGAGGCGUCGAAUUCCAUGGACAUGGUGGUAGACUCGGGGCGGCUCGAAACAAUCAAGGAUACUUUGGACUCGAUACAGUCAGAGGCCACCGAUUUUGUGCCACCCGAAAUAAUGGAAAACAUCGACCGGUUUGACAUCGAAGUCGAUGAGUCAAUCAGCAUCGAUGGAUUUGGUUCGGUUUCGAUCGAAGCGAUUGACAAUGCAAGCGACACGAAGGGUCCCGAACAAUACGGCGUCUCCGAUACAGAUCCACUUUAUGCCUUGAAAUUUCCAGAGGCAGAAACGCCAACAGACAGUACUUUGGAUCCGUUACAGCGCGAAACAAUGCAAAGCAGCAGCAACGGGUACGAAACCAACGAAGAAACUUCUGGUUACGCUGUCAACUUUCCGGAUCAAAAUAAUUUGACUACUAGUAGUGGCAUCGAGACUUUGUAUUCGAUGCCCUCCGAAGCAGCGGCUACAGAAUUUACGGCCGAACAAGACAGCUCGGCGAGGAGUGAUGCUAUCGGCGAGAAAGGCGACAACUACAGUUUAGGUCUGCAAAAUUACGAUGAUAGCAGCGACCAACACGACGAAAAUAACCGAGAUCGGUGACUACAGCGAUAUUUACAUGAAUCAAAGCUCGAGACAGUGCAUGCAGUAAGGCACAGCAAACCCAUAACGGAUAAAUUCACAAGGUGGCAGGUUUGGAGAAACAGGUAGUUUGUGCAGCAUGAACCGACAAAAUGGGGAAAAGAUUUCUGCUCAAAUUGGAAAGCUUGAGAAUCUGUCGAGAAAGCUGGUCACGGAUCCAUUGGGAAUCGAGUCUUUUUYACAACAAAGAUGACUUCAUUGUAGAACGUUACAAAUACAACUGCUGUUUUUCGAAGCUUUGAUUGCGAUGGCCAAGUCACGAUAGGUGKCAAUGGAGAACAUGAUAACUUGAACUCUUAUAAAGUAUUAAAUACAAA